GAUGCCUUUGACAGACUCACUUUUGAGUAGACUUAAAUGAACGUGUGACGUGAGAUCUCAAAGGUAAAUAAAUAAACAUUUUUGUAGUCGCUAUGCGCAAUUUCCUAACAAUGUUUUUUCGAUAAGAUAAAUUAAAUUCGAACGUUUCGUACAUACAGUAUGUCCGCGGGGAAAAACAUUUGGCAAGCCGCAGCAACUGGUGAUCCGAUUGCGCUCCAGCAGUGUUUGCAACGCAAGUCUAAUAAAAAUCGACUUAUCAAGAUCGGACACUUUCGUGAUAAUCACAACUGGACCCUACUGCACCAUGCCGUGGUCAGUGCAAAUAUGGAAUGCGUCGAGCUGCUGCUUUCCAAAACGGACAUCGAUGUGAAGGCUCGUUGCUAUGAAGGUCGUACGGCGCUCUUUCUUGCUUGUAUGAAGCAAGUCCCGAUUGAGAUUGCAGAAUUACUUUUGGUGAAGAACGUCACCCUUGUGAAUGUGUCCAAUAAUGAAUUUGUCACUCCGCUUCAUAUUGCUGUUGAGAAGCGAAACUUAAGCCUGGUUGAACUGUUAGUCGACAAUGAAGCCAAUGUAAAUGCUCCGGAUUUUUCCGGUGAAACGCCUCUGCAUGCUGCAUUGGAAUAUGGGACCGUGGAAAUUUUGAUACACCUACUCUACGUGGGUCAUGCCGAUGCAAAUGUAAGAUCGGAGAACGACAUCGAUGCCCUUGAAAUGUUGGCCGCUCGAGGAAAUUACGACCUCAAAACCAAGAUUGCUUGUUUCAAGCUUUUGUUCAACUACAUGCACAGAAAGCAGGAAUAUCGCCAGAGGUACCGAAUGGAGGACAUUUACGCCGUUGCGCUGCUCAGCUAUCGUUCGACGUCACUUGUACCUUAUUUUGUUGAUGUAGCUCUAAAAUGGGAAUCCAAUCCUGAUAAAUGUCGCUUAGCGAAAGAGUUGUUGGAAGGGCCACAGGAUCAGUAUCACACAAGUAGGUUCAGUGACCGGGUGAACAAGAAUCUUUACCAUUUCCUCGCGUUGCUGCUCUCGGAUGAUGAAGGCAUCCGACGGUUACAGGACGACUUUAUGAACUAUGAAGUGAUCUACAGUCAUUCGUUGAUACAGAACGAAUUGGUGGCUCUCAGUGUUGCGGCAAUUCGUGAGAAUGAUAAUGGGAAGAAGUUGCGGAUGCUACUCGAGUAUCUGGACUUUGUGAAACACUUGGUUUACUUUUUCUCUGACCAUCUUUCCGAAACCUUGGACGUGAUAAAAAACGUCCUAAUUGUCGACGAAAGUGACCAGAAUGAACCGUUGAGUGCAGCAGAAUUGACACGCUAUGAAACGGUCGUCAGCAAGAUGAUCGAGAUAACCUCGGUAGAAGCGGAUACGGUUCUUCUAACUAUGACCUGUUCGGCUAGCGAUUUGCAUUUGCAGGCCAAGUUCUUCCAUCCGGUAGUGACUUUCUGCACCGACGUGUUCAUGGAUGAACGAUGGCUGGUCGAUGGAAACCUGGAAAAAGUCAUGUACUGUGAAUUGUUGCACAAGCAUGGUACCCUUGGACUGGUUCAGCGAAGUUGCCGUAACAAUGACAAGAAUUUUCAGUUUGAGCAGUUUUCUCUGCUGCGACAAGCACGAGACGUGGUGCGUAAAGCUGUACUCAGUUCCAUUCAUGAAGAUGAGAAAAAACGGGACUUGCUAUUUAUUGGACGGAUAAACGCGCUUGAUAUUCCGCGGGAUCUAAUCCGCUACCUGCGAUAUAUGUGAUUAUAGAUAAGGUAGAAUUUCAUUUAUUAUAAGUAGACAAUAAAAGGAAAUCAGCACAUUCUUAAUUUAUAUAAAUUGUAAACAA